UUUGCUCCGAGGGUCAAGGGCUCACAAGUCAUCAAGUAUCUGCCCAACAGGACAUGGCCUCACGAGUUACAGUUUAGAAGGCUUCGUGGGCCUUACCGGUGUCCCACCAGCGUCAGGCUGCUGCUGACGGCGCCUCUGUUCUUCCAGGAGCUUCUUCACGGACUUCUCUGGACCAAAGCCUUUUGCCCACCAUGGCCCCUUCAGGUGUCAUCCUGCUCCUUCUUUUGCUCCCAGGUUCCUGUUCCGGAUGUGGGCCCCUCUCUCUGCCAGUGCUGGCAGGGCUCAUGGCUGCCGACGCGCUGGUGUCGCUGUUCAUCAUCGCAGUCGUGUUUGCGUGUGCUUGCCCGCGCCACCGGCCCACCCUAGAAGAUGACAAAGUCUACAUCAACAUGCCUGGCAGGGGCUGACCCCCCUGUAAGUGAAAACUUUGAUGUUGGACCCUCUCAUCCUGCAUCGUGUGCUGCCAUGCAGGAAACGUACUCCCCACUUUGGGGUGGAAUAAAGCUAUUGAACUAC